AUGUUGCGGUCUUUUCAGUCGAAAGAUGAUGAAUAUGGCCUAACGGAGAUUAUUAUGGAUGAUCCCAAUAAUUCGAGAAAAACAAGUUGGAGAAGAGACAGAGCGAACAAAGAAGAUAUCAGGCAAAUUUCUUCGUGCAGUGAAGAAAACAGAGGAAGAAGAAAUGAUCACAAAAUGACAUUUGAUGAGAAAUCAAUGAAAAUAUCAAAAUUAUCAUCAACAUCGUUUGCUUCAUCCAAUACAUCAAACUGCUCAGAGAAACAGUUAGAAGGAAAUUCACUGAAACGGAAAUACUUCGAAGCAAAAGAACAAUCAACCAAUAAGUUUUCAAAUACAACAAAUGAAACGAUAAAAGGAGACGAAUCAUUGAAAGGAACAGAGUAUUCGCCUAGUGAAAAAAACUACACUCAGAGUGAUUCGUUUGCAUCAUCAAGGAAUGUUCUGCAACAAGCUUUCGAGAAAUGGUCAAAUUCAUCAAGAGGAGCUCUUUUAUUUAAAGAUCUCUCUCCAUCGGAUCGUACUACAGGGACUACUGAUGCAAAUUUUGAUGUUCUAUUUGCUAAAUAUGCUCACGGUGAUAAAGAAUCCUUUGAUGGAUUUGGUGGAAUUGUAGCUCAUUCAGGAUAUCCCAUAGAGGGCAUCAUUCAUUUCGAUGGUUCUGAAUACUGGUCGAUCGAUGGACGUAAUGGACUUGAUCUUCGAUACGUUGCCCUUCAUGAAAUUGGACAUGCACUUGGACUUAGACAUUCCAAUGAUCCAAAAGCUAUUAUGCAUCCAUAUUACAGUGAUCAAUUAAAAGAUUUUGAGCUUGCCGAAGACGAUAUUAUGGGUAUCAGAAAACUUUAUGGAAUUUCUUAA